AUGAACGGUCAUCAGCCGCCCGAGUCCGAGAAGCCUCCCCUUGGAGAGCCCGACAACACGGGCUCCAACGGAGCUGACACGCUGGCCAGAAAGCGCAAGAAGGACAUUCUCAAGCCCAUCAUCACUACCGAGAGCAAAUCGCCGCCAGCUGGGCAAGCGCAGCCGAGCCCAAAAGACGCUACGAUUGGAUCACAUCAAUUGUCCGCCGGCGCACCCGCCUCGCCAUCGUCAUCGUCGGUCGACGACCCUGCCGAAAACACCGCCGAUGAGGAAGACUCCGAGGACUACUGCAAGGGCGGCUACCAUCCCGUCCAGGUGGGCGAAAAGUUCAAGGACGGAAAGUACACCGUCGUUCGCAAGCUCGGCUGGGGCCACUUCUCAACCGUUUGGCUGUCGCGCGACAACACCAAUGGCAAGCACGUUGCCCUAAAGGUUGUUCGCUCGGCCGCCCACUACACCGAAACCGCCAUCGACGAAAUCAAGCUUCUCAACCGAAUUGUCCAAGCCAAUCCCGACCACCCCGGCCGCAAGCACGUGGUCAGUCUUCUCGAUUCUUUCGAACACAAGGGCCCCAAUGGCACUCAUGUGUGCAUGGUCUUCGAGGUGCUCGGCGAGAACUUGCUGGGUCUGAUCAAGAGGUGGUGCCACAGGGGCAUCCCCAUGCCUCUGGUCAAGCAAAUCACCAAGCAGGUCUUGAUGGGUCUUGACUACCUGCACCGGGAAUGCGGCAUUAUCCACACCGACCUGAAGCCCGAAAACGUUCUCAUCGAAAUUGGCGACGUCGAGCAGAUUGUCAAGAAGGUGGUCAAGAACGAGCCCGCAGACAAGGAGAAUAACCGCAACGGGAGGAGGAGACGUAGGACGCUCAUCACAGGCAGCCAGCCACUACCCUCACCCCUGAACUCCACCUUUAACCACUCAAAUCUGUUUCCUGGGGCAUCAGCACCGAGUGUCGGGAGCGUUCUGGACCAAGCUGCGAGCAAAGAUAACGAGCAAUCCCCCAAGUCAACGGACGAAUCGCAAAAGCAGAGAGAAAAGACGGCAGAUAUUCUCACCCGAGAGGUGUCGGGAAUCUCCCUCGAUAAGGCGAGUGGGCCUUCAGCCUCAGCAGGCGAGAAGCGCAAGGCCGAGGACGCCCACGAUGUCAUCAGUGUUAAAAUUGCCGACUUGGGUAACGCAUGCUGGGUGAACCACCACUUCACCAACGACAUUCAGACCAGGCAAUAUCGAUCGCCAGAGGUCAUACUUGGCGCGAAGUGGGGGGCCAGCACUGAUGUUUGGAGCAUGGCUGCCAUGGUGUUUGAGCUCAUCACGGGCGAUUAUCUGUUUGAUCCGCAAUCCGGCACCAAGUACGGCAAGGACGACGACCACAUUGCGCAAAUCAUUGAGUUGCUGGGACCAUUCCCUCGGUCACUCUGCCUCAGCGGCAAGUGGAGUCAAGAAAUCUUCAACCGCAAAGGCGAGCUCCGGAACAUCCAUCGACUACGACACUGGGCCUUGCCAGACGUGCUUCGAGAGAAGUACCACUUUAAGGAGGAAGAGGCGAAGAGGAUCUCGGGAUUCCUGUUGCCCAUGCUAGAGUUGAUCCCGGAGAAGAGAGCCAACGCGGGAGGCAUGGCCGGCCACAACUGGCUGGAAGACACCCCCGGCAUGAAGGGCUUGAAGAUUGACGGGCUGGAAGUAGGUGGGCGGGGGGAAGGCAUCGAGGGAUGGGCCACGGAAGUGAGGAAGCGAUGA